GGUGUGAGAUUCAUCAAUACGUUCAGAUGUGCAUGCACUUCAGAGCUUGCAUGCGUGCCUGUUUGUUUAUUGUAUGUACCUUCCAGAUUAAUACAUGUAGCCUUACUUCAACAGAAAAACUUCACUGGCCUGAGCAAGAGCUCUCUAAAAAGUCAAUCUUAAAUCCAGAAGAACAUAAGCUGACCAUUAAGAAUGAAAGCAGUCUUCAGCACCUGUCCUCUGGAAUCCUUAAGGAUAUUUUCACAACAGGAACCAGUAGCUACAAUGUCCUUCUGCAAAGCAAAGAGGAGAAAAAACACCACUCUCAAAAGCUGUCAUCUGCCCACCACAAGAGGCACAGAAAGUCCACUAAGUCUUCUACUACCUCGCGAAGCAACGAGCACCGCAAGAUCAAAGUCCCACUGCCUUUGCUCAGCAGUGGCUGGUAUUGCACGAACAGGCAGCCAUCCAUCUUUAUCGCUAGCCCAGUGUCUAGCAGUGUAAAGUUUACACACAGUAUUUCUGUUGCAGGGAACAGCAUAGGACUGCCACCUCGACCCAAAAGCAAGGCUAAGAGACAUUAUUUUUCUAGUCUAACAAAGCCAAAGCAGCCUCAAUUGUCAAAAAGCCAUGGUAAAGAGGUAGAUGUCUCUGGCCGAAAACUCUGUAUACUAACCGCCAUCAAGCCUUCCAAUGUGGAAAAAGAGAAGAUUAAAUUCUUCAAGUCCGAUUUUACCUAUAAUCCUCAAUUUGAAUAUGCAAAUCCUGCAUUGCCAAAUGUGUUAGCUAAGCACAGCCAAGCAUCCAACAAGUUUCUUAAACAGUCUGUCAGUAUUAUGGAACGGACAUUGCAGAAAUAUGGAAGCUAUGAAAAGUUUGAGCAGGCUACAGGAGGCAGCCUGCUACCAAAAAGUCGCAUUUGGAAUCAUGUCAGGAAAUACAUGGUGAAAGAAGGCUGCCUUGGUGAGAUUGUAGUUCAUCUCACUGAGGACCUGCUUUCUCGUGCCUCAAUGACAGUGGUGAAUGGCCGCCCAACUCUGACUAUCAAUGUUUCCACUGCACGUGAGCACUGGCUAGAAGGGAUGCUGAGGCAUGAAAUAGGAACUCAUUAUUUUCGAGGUAUUAACAACAACAGCCAGCCUUGGUGCAAUUGGAAUGGACGUAAAAAGCUUGGGUUAAAGCCAAUCAACCCUACCGAGGAAGGCCUGGCGAGUAUUCACAGUGUCCUGUUCCGAAAAGACCCCUUUCUAUGGAGGGCUGCCCUUCUCUACUACACUGUCUAUCAAGCUAGCCAAAUGUCCUUCAGUCAACUCUUCCAGGAUGUGGGGCGAUUUGUCAAGGACCCCAACACUAGGUGGGAUUACUGUGUACGAGCCAAGAGGGGGUGGACUGAUACUUCCCAGCCAGGCUGCUUCAGUAAGGAUCAGGUAUACUUGGAUGGCAUCCUCCAAAUCCUAAGAUACAGGGAGUCUAUCGAUUUCCACUUGCUGAUGGCUCUUGGAAAGGUCUCUUACGAGGAUGUGGAUCGCUUGAAGGAAUUUGCGGUGAUCGAGAACAUGAGAAUACCACACUUCUUGCAGGACCAUAUCAGAUACAUGGAACAUUUGGAAAAGAUCAUGGAGGUGAAUGAGCUGACUGACCAAGAGCUCCAGGAUCUCAUAGUGUAACAGUCAGUCUCUUUUACCAGAAAUCUGUUCUGUAUGCAGCCGGUUAUACAGAACUGGACUUCACCACAGCUUGCAAAACUAGAAUGAAUCAACUUUGGUUUUGUUUUCUGGCAAAAAUCUAGACUAUUUAGAUUUGUUAAUUUUUUAAAAAAAAAAGAAAAAAUACAAACCUCAGACUAUCGAUUCAGGAAUGUUUCUUUGAAAAAGAGUUUUGAGAUUCUUUCCUCACUCCCAUAGUAUAUAUUGGUGGGGUUGUUUUUUUAAGGUUUUGUGUCUCUUCCAAAUUAAAUUAUGGAUUGAACAUAGACACAUCAUUUAGGAUUUCCCUUGUAACUGGUCAGUCCCAUUGUCCCCUAAAUGGUCUGUACACUGAGCAGGAUCGUUUGAAAUGUCUUGCUUUUAUGAUAUGCUGCUUUUUAUUCUUUCUAAAGUCUGCGUUUUGUAAUUUUUCCCCUUGGCUCACUCGCAUUGGCUUCAUUUCUGGUCAUGGCCUUCACGACAAUCCCCCACAGCAGCAAAAUUGUGGAGCUACUACAGACUAUGCCACCAUCUUCUUAACUCUACCCCAUUGUAUACUGCUUCCCUCCUUGUAAGAUCACAAUGCGCAGACACGCUCCCUUGCACAACAGCAUUGUCGUUUGGACAUGCGAGAAAGAGGUGAUUUGCACACUUCACAUUUCAAAUAGCAGCAGUUAAGGUUGCUGUGUAAAUGGCUGUGAACAGACUAGAAAGUUGCCCUCUUCCUCCCAAGAGGUGUUGUGCUGUUGCAGCAUUGAAUAUAUGCCUUUCACUGUCCUCCUCCUUGAGACCAGUACAGGUUUCAAGAGGAUGAGCUGCAGGAAAGGGCCUUUUUUUUGCCCGUGAGGACUCAUUUAGCAUGUUUAGCAAAUGGAACGUGUUAGUGGUUUGGAAGAAGGACUGGGAUGAACUGAGUUUUCUGACUAAUGUACGCAAUGAAUCCAGAUAGGGGGGCCAUAUUUCAUUUCAAAAAGUAAAAUCACCCCUUCGCUCUAGCGCCUGAACCCUGUGUGGGUUUGGUUACUUGGAGUGGUUUCGGCCCUAAUGCUGCCAGGAGCUCUGCCCUCAUGGAGCUCACUGCUGGAUUGGGAACUUUAAUGGGAGGGGACUACAUUCACAAGUGCCCUAUUCCAAUAUUCAAAGCAACUGAAGAGUUCUGGUACAUCUGAAGCAUCCUGAGCUCUGUUUUGAAUGUGGGUGCCAUACAAAACA